ACGCCAGGCAACACCACGCGCGUGAAUGGCGCACAGGACGGGUCUGGCCAAGAAGAGCACCGGGAUUCACAAUGACAAUGAAGCACAGUCAACGACCGCUUGGGAGGAGCGAUUGAUAACGUGCGAGUGUUUAGCGUGAAGCUGCAUCCCUCAUUUCUGACCACUAGGAGGCAGAUGCUAACCUUCUAUGAGCUAAACGUGUUAGCAAGCAACGGCUAACCUACGUUUCAAUCAGACACAUUAGCAGGUAUUUAAAGUUGUGCUCCCGCCCAACAGAGAAAGGCCAAUUCCACCUUGACUUUCAAACUGUUUGCUAACUUUCUAUCCUUUGGAGUUGAGGUUCAGCAGGUAGUGCAGAAGUUUGUGGCUGAUUGUGCUUUUCUAUUCAGAGUUGUCGAGGACGUUACACUCCCGCACACAUUCACAGGUUCCUCGCUGACAGGCACCAAAAAGCAGCAUAAAUAACAAAGAGAUGCAAACAACUGCAAAGAAACACAAACCCACCAAAUAGAUGCAAAAUGGCCAUAUUUGGUUCAAUUAAAUUUUCCAGAUUAUUACUUCAAAGGCUUAAUGGUUUACUAGGUCUGAGUGCAAGCUACUGAUUUCCACUCCGUCAUGCUCUGUUCUCUGGUCAUUCACGUCCAAAUCUGUUCAUCAACCUUCAGUUUGUGGAUUUAAUGCAAACAUUAGCUGCUGUUGUGGAUUUCUUUCAAAAGAGGAAAAGAGUGAAACCUGAUAGGCCUCCUUCAGCUUCAAAGAGUGGCGCCAUCCAUCAGUCUGCGUCCUCGGGGGACACCACGUUUGUUUGCCUAGCAACAGUGAACACGUGUCAAAUGACGGACAUCACGCUCCGUUCCUGUCAAUCUUUGUGUAAUGUCCCAUGACAUUUAUUUAACAACACACUGACAAGUGUGCUGUUCAAAGUGGAUCGUCUCUUUCUACGCAAAAUGAUGAGACAGUGCAGUAGGAUAAAUGGGAAAUACCAUUGUGUAACCCCUUGCUUGCAACAGUGAGAGAAGAAGAGUUUUUAGUGAAGACAAAUGAUGUUGCCGUUUCCAGCCUGACGGGCUGUAGAGGAGUGUUAAGUUCUUUAAGCUUCACUUUAUUUAACAUUCUGCAGCUGUUUAACAGAACAGCUAAGGAGCGUUAAUACUUUAUGCAUCAAGUUAAUUGCAUCCCAGCAGCUAUCAUUGAGGGUAAGGGUUUCCUGGUAUGUGGGACCACCAUUCCAUCAGCUUCUAUGCAUUGAAAGGUUAACUUUUCAUGAAAACAGGCCAAACUAGGGGCUGUAUCGAGUCCAUUCAGCUUUGGCUCAGCGGGAAAGAAAGUUGGCUUUAUGGCUGCAAUCCAAGUCAAUAACAAUGUAAAGAUUGCAAAGAUUGAAUCAAAUGGUACAGUGUGUUUAGCGACAGGGCUAGCAAGCUAUUCGGCUCAUUUUCCCCAAAUAAACCAAGUCAAUCGGCGUCACAUAUUAGGGCGUUUACCAUAUAGUUUACCGUAUUUGGGGAUAAUGUGAAUUCAUCUGCAGGCCCUUUCCUGCUGUCGCUACUGUCAGACAUCAGAGCCUGUGUCCCUUGUCCCGUCAUGCCCUGCUUCCUGUGUGGUUUGCUCUGAAGAUGCCAUCAUCUGUCACAGACUGCCUUGCAUUAUUGGUAAAACAAACACACACAUAAACAGAGAAAGGUAAAAGUCAUUUUAUUACAUUUAAAGACGUCAUGUGCUCACAGGAAUGUACUGUAUGGGUUCACUGUGUGUGUGACCAGAUGCUCCAGACACAACCCAGACACUGCUGCUGACAGAAGGCUCCAUAUCCGCAGUGCAGCCUGCUUCACUCUCUAACCUCAGCAACGUUAAGGUCAUAGGGCAGUCUGAGUCACCACCUGAUAUCAGCACUGGGGAAACAGUCCUUCAAAAUUUCUGCCGUUCCUCCACAACUUACUGCUGGACCACAACCUUCUGGCCAGCCAGGCCCUACAGGGAGGAGUUCUGACCAAUCUAACCCGACUAGAGGUGCUCGCCUGGGACACAACCUCAUCGGCAUGGUGGGAACCGCCUCAGGGGACACAUAAAGCUGGAGGACGUAUUUUUUUAUUUGAAUAAACUGGGUGAUCCAGUGGAUGGGGAGAAAGUCUAUUGUCACAGUUGUAAUGACAAGUUCAGCUUCUUGAAAUGAGAGAGGACUACAUGGACCUACAAAUACAACUAGGUAUUUCAUGUCUCAACAUGAUGUUGAUGUUCAGAUCCAUGGUGGCUGGCUCAAAGGUAGCAAGGCCCCGAGGAGUCUGAAGCUAGAGGGGAACCUGCUCACCAGUUUGGACUCUGGUUUCUUUCCCCUGAAUGAUCUCAGAGGUCUGGAGAGACUGGAUCUGUCAGAAAAUCUGAUAGAUCAUCUGCAUAGAAACAGUUGGCUGACAAACCUCAACCUGGAGCUCAACUCGUGGAACUGCUCCUGUCAGCUGCUGGACCUGGCUGCCUUCCUGACCACCUUCAUACAACAGCCCGACAAGACCCUUUAUAAUGGCCAUAGGAUGGUGUGUGUGAGCGCCGACAACUCGGCGGUAACCACGGUGCUGGAGCUGACCAACCAGCUGGCCAACUGUGUCCCGUCCAAUCAGAACAUCACAGUGCGGAUAGACGCACAAGGCAGCGUGACCCCUCAACGCUACGCUCAAGAUCUGGCCAUCACUGCAGUCAUCUGCUUCAUCGGUGGUGUGUGCUUGACCCUGCUGGCAGUCCUCAUCGUCUAUCAAGUGUUUCGGAGUAAGAAACUGAAAGAAAGUAAAAGACAGCAAGAAGAAGAGAGAAGCAGCACCGUGGAGAAUCACCGUGCCGAUCACAGAGAUGUUGGGGCAAAGAGGAUGGACCUCUUGUGGCAGGCACAUAGAAUCCAGCCUUGGGACAGGGAGGCCAUGAUGAUAGAUGCAUGGACAGAGGGCCACAGUGGCCAGUUUGAGUCCAGAACUGGCCACGGCGACGGGCAUUUUAGGUGUCCAGACUGCAGCACCCAAGGACAGAGAGGGAUGGGCCCAAAACCGAUGAGAUGCAACGACAGGACACGCGGAAAGAUGGAGACGGACGAGGAAAGCGAGACAAGGGGAAUGAGGAGGAUACUGAUGGAAGAAAAGAGGAGGCUUGAGCAGGGAAUAAUAGGCAGGGACCUUCAGGACGAGGUUCUUCCACGAUGUAACGUCAACUCUUCCUCACGUCCACGUAAAGAAACCAUUGCCCAGAGAGCAGAGGCCCUGGCUCAUAAGACAAACAUAGAAAUUGAGGAGAGCCACAGGACCCACAUGGAAGGUAGGAGCAGAGAACAUGAGAUGUUACCCUGUGAGAGCUGCCACAGGAUGAACAGACCUCCAGAGCAGAACAGAGGACAAGGAAGGAUUCAUUUUGAAGGCGUCCAUCCUCAGUACGGACAGAUUGGCAGGGUUAGGAAUGUUAACCACAACAAGUAUGACACAAAGAACACAGGAUUGAGGAGAGAAAAUAGAAAUGUAACGUUUGACCUGGAGAGUUCAAGCAGCCCGAGACGCAAGUACAAGAGGGAGGGGGAAGUGAGGAGCUCCCGAGAAAAGGAGAGAGGAAAGAGGCAUAAAGCUGAAGUCCAGUCAAGCCGGCCACCGAAGGUUAAACUGAACUUGAACCCACUAGGAAAGAUCCAAGUCCAUCCUAAAAAGACAACCAAGCUGGGACACUCAGAGGAAGUCAGCUCAAAGAAGAGUAAAGACAAAAGGCAGGAUGCAGAAUACAGAGGAGAGAGGGAAGCAAUAGGAAAGUCUGGUAAGAAAACCAAGGAGAAAACCUUGAACAAAGGACCGAAUGAGGAUCAUGAGGAAGAGAACAAAGCUGAAGACACAGAAGGAGGCCAGGAAAGUAAAGCGUCCUUUGAGCAGGAAAACGGGGGGCAGAGAAGUAUAGAGGACUCCCAUCGUGACGAUACAGCUAACGCUGCUGACCCAUCAGCCUUUGGACAAGGACAGAUGUUGCAGGACGGGAGUAUUCAGUUUCAGGGAGCUGGAAUGGUUUUGGGGAGUGCCCAGCUUUCCUCGCAGCAUCCCUUAUCCAUCUCUCACAACCUCUCCCUCCUUGGCUCGACAAGCUCUCAACCAACUAGCAGCAGUCUCUUCCUUCAAGGAGGGAAUUUCCUUGUCCCGGGAUCGCUGUUCCCCACUGGUCCAGCUAAAUCCGUUGGUCCUAUAGCAAUCAGUGGGCCAAACAUGGCUCCAUGUGACAUGACUUUGCAAGCAAGUGAAAUCCAAAACUCACCUCUUCCUACCUCCCAUGCUGCAGGACUGCCCUUGAGUUUAAACCCGUCUGUUGACCCUGCACAUGUGCAGUCCCUCUCGCAGAGCAAGCCCCCUCCGGACAGCUCUCCUCUUGUAGCAAGUUGGAAGCCUGAUCCAGUCCCGGCAUCAGGCUUUUCCACUGGGGUAGGAGUACGUCACAAUCUCCCAACUCAGGCCUCUUUAAGUGGGGAUGGUUUGUCCGCAGUGACCCCUCAGGCUCCUGGACCAGUGACUACAGUGGAGAAUCUGUCAAACAACAACAGUCAGACAGAGACUGAGGGAGUGCAUGCUGGUCCCACAGUCCUGUCAGCUGCCGCCCUUCCUGAAGGACCUGCUGCACAGUUGUCAGGAGGCAGUAUGCAGGGAGCAGAUGUGUCUGAAUCAGGUGUCUCUGCACCCAGCGUGUCCACACAGAGCGUGUCCUCCACCGGGGACGCAGCAGCUGCACUGCUGCAGCAGGAGUACCUGUCAGAGGAAGGUGGAUCCUCCCCAAGGAGGAAGCUGAGGCUGGUGCUUCCUGAGAAGACGUUGAGCCGACCACCCACCGCUCUGGAGAGAAAGAUACGCUAGCGGCUCUUGUCAUGUUGUUGUGGACUGGAAGGGUCAGAAGAAGCAUUCGUUCAAGUCAUCUAAGAUAGUUCAAGUUCACAUGAAGAGAGGAGUGGGGUGGAUGCUGUCAUACGUUGUAAAUAUGUUGAACACUAAAUGAGUGUUCCAGAGAUUUAUUUAGGAGUUGUAUUUUUGUAAUUAUAAACCAUAAGUAAAAAGGUUGGUGUUAUUUUUGA